AUGGACAAACUGGACAAACAAAAGAAAACAGCAACUGUACAUUCUUUGUCCCUCCCAUACCCAGAGCCACAAUGGCCCUCCAUCUCUCCUGACACCGAGCAAGCACUCCUACAGCUCCUCCUGCGGCUGCUGCAGCCCAUUGGCGACUUCAGACGCGACCAUGUUCCGCGUUCCAAGGGCAAGGGGAGAGGCGGGAAAAUAAACAAGAAGACGCAAGAAGACUCUAUGCCAGAAUGGAUCCCCGAUGUUUACGACCAUGUUACUCUCGGGUUUAAUAGCACGGUCCGCAGGCUUGAAUCUUUGGCUCGCAGCCGGAAGCCCCAAGUGCUAUCUCAGCACACAGACGUCGACCCAUCAUCAGGACAUUCACAUGCAAAUCUCUCAGUCGUGUUUGUUUGCCGCCAGAAUCUGCCUGACAUAAUGACUUCCUCAAUACCUUUGCUGUUAGCAACCUCGGCUCCCCCAACCACUCGGGCCAGGUUAGUGGAAUGGUCCUCUCAGGCCGAAGAGCAGGUGGCUCGAGCACUGCACCAGCCCCGUGUCGGCGUGGUCGGUGUCGGGGAGGGGACGCCUGGCGCUGAAGCACUUCUGCGAUUUGUCCGAGACAACGUGGAUGCAAUCGAUGUACCCUGGCUCGACCAGAUUCCCAAACCCAUAUACCAUUCCGUCAAAAUUCAAACAGUCGAGUCAACAUCCAAGCCCAAAUCCAACCCCCAAGGUCGUAAGCGGAAGCAUCGAGAGACGGCUGAAGGCGCUUGA